UGUGCGAUUUGAAAUUUGAAUUAUGCCCUAGAAAGAAGCAACUCAUGAUGCUGCCUGUUGACUUCCAGUUCCAUCAUCACAAAUCUGCCUUGUUGGUCUUUGGUAUGCUGCUCAUCACAUUAGUGAUGGGACAGCCAGAAGAGCAGCUGCCUCAGCUGCAGCAGGACCUGGGCCGUUAUCCACAGCUAGAUCUUCACCCAGGUAAAAACAUGUCUUCCACAUCUUUCAUGCCUGAUGUGAUCCUCGCUACUUACUGCUACGCUGGCGAGCGGCCAAGCGUGGCUGCGAUCUUCAAGUCCGUCUGGAUGAGCAUUGACAUCGGCUCCGACCAGUUCACCGUGUACCGCGGUGCAAAUGCCAGCGAUGUUCUGCACCAGCACAAGGUGGCCAGUGGGCAGCUGUUCACCCUGCUGCCCUGGCGCGUGCGCCACGUGCGGCUGCCUCCGUUUGAGCCCACUUGCGUCGGUGUGGAGACAGUGGAGCGGUACAGCGUCCAGCUGAGCGUGCGCCACGUGGACUACUGGCUGGCGCUGCUGCUGGCCGCGGGUCUGGCGCUGUUCGUGGCCGCCGAGCCGCUCAGCACCAACGUCGUGUUCCACUACUCGUCCGGCGUGGCGAUCGGCAUGUUCGGCGCCGUGCUGGUGGCCGUGUUCGUGCUGAGUCGGCUGCUGCCGCGGCGAAGCUCGGCGCUAGCCUUUCUCUUCACCGGCUGGUCGCUGGCGCUCUACCUGCUGCAGUACGUGCUGGAGAACCUGCGACAGCACCUGAUCCGUUACCGCGCCUACGUUCUCGGCUACCUGGCCGUCUCAGGCCUGCUGAGCUUCGCCAUCUGCUACUGGUACGGCCCGGUGAAGGACCGUCGGUCGCAGACGCUCAUCAAGUGGUUCCUGCAGCUGGUCGGGCUCGGCUGCGUCUACAUGUCUUCCAGCAUGUCCGAGGCCUCGAUGGCGCUCGUGCUGCUGCUGGUGGGCUGGCAGGCGCUGCCGGUCAGUGUCGGGGUGCGGAUGCGUGCCGCGCUGCGCCGCCGUUUGUUUCGGCCCAAGCCGCGCAAGCUGCUCUCCGAACAGGAGUACCUGGAGCAGAGCGCCGUGGCCACGCGGCAGGCGCUCCAGGAGCUGCGCCAGUACUGCCGGUCGCCGGAGUGCGACGCGUGGCGCACCGUCAGUCGGCUGCGGACGCCGACCAGGUUUGCCGACUUUGUGGAGGGCGCCUCCCACCUGUCCGAUGAGGAGGUGCUGGAGUAUGAGCUGGAGCCGACCACCCUGCUCCCGAGGGAUGACGAUGAUGGUGCCUCGGAAGACGACUGGUGAAGGUCAGAGGAGACGCCGGAGGAGACGGCUGGUGAAGAUGGAUCAACAUUUGUAAGACGGCUGGUGAUGCCGAAUGGUGUUUUAAAACGUGGUUAGGAAGGACGUGAGAUAAGGAAUCGAUGGGGAGCAAGAGGAACUAAGGUUUUGAAGCGGAUGGAUGUAGUUGCAAAGCUUGAUGCAUGACGCCAAUAUGUGAAGUCAGUCCAAUGCGUGGUGUUGAAAGGCUCGUAUAUUACGGUUACCUAUUUGCGAACGGUUUUUGCUCUGUGUCUGGAGUGGUCCACCAUCUGAAUGCCAGCUUGCAGUAUGCCAGCCGUGAAUUCAAAACCUGAUGAAACAUAUCAAAGACUCUUGGCAUGACGCGAGAGGCACAUUUUCUGGGUGUUACAACGCCUUGGGGGUGAUAGUCAUCUGGAAAUGUGCGUUACGUAUUCGGAAGCUGCCGUGGAGGUGGUCGCAGGACGAUAUUGGGAGACUAUGAUCGUUAUGAGCUCUUGUCUGGUGCUCAUAAGUGAUCCGCUGCCGUGUGUCAAAGUGGCCAGAGAUUGAAUAAGGUGUUUCCUCAUCGUGAUUUGGCCGUAGGCUUUAUGAACUGUACUGUUGCCAUCAAUGUUCGUCGUGGGUCCUUACUCAUUCCCAUCCCGUCUGUGCCUUGUGAUCAGCUCAUUGCGUCAUUUGGUAGGUAAGAGGCAUCAGCGUUACUGCAGCGGUCCAGGCUACCCGUUACGCUGGUAAUAUUGGUGGUCGAUCAACUGGUGUGCAGGUCGUGGGAACGAUGUGCUAUAUGCGUAGCUUGUGUCCCCAUCUAUGGUAUGCUGUUAGCUGUAGCCAAACGGGAGCAGCCCUGGCGGCGGACCUGCGAACUACCGAGUACGGUCUAUGACGAACGCCGACGUUGCGCAUGUGUCGCAUCGUGUGCUUGCUCGUUACUGCCAAAUGCCUGUAGGUAUUCUUGCCGAAGGGGGCUAUGUGAAGUGAUCUCGGCUGUAUUUGUGGCUCGAUUUUAGUCCCUUCCGAUGUCAGACUUGUCACUCAUGCUCAUACCUUAUCAUUUUCAUCAGAUGACCAAUCGUAACUACAAAUAAAUGUCAUUUGUUU